AAUGAUUGAAUGGCAAACGAAUAGUUGUCAUUUAAGUUCUAAAUUAAGUCUGCAAUGGUGAAAAAUUAAUAAAUUAAAUAAAAAUAAUUGUGAGACGUUCUGUGAUAAAUCGAACAAAAUUCUCGGUAAAACAUACUAAAAAUUGAAGUUUUUUUUAUAGAUUGCAUAAAUGUGUGUGCUUCGCACAGUGAUAUUAAAAAUGAGAUAAAAAUGCGCUCAUUGUCUAGUAGCGAUUCCCUCUCUUUUUUGGUGCUGUUUGAUAAUCACGAAAAUUCUACCGCUAUAGGCAGUGGGAGACUUUUAUUGUAGUUUGGAGAGCUCAAUUUUAGUUCACAAACGGCGCUCCAUCAGUUAACAAUGAAGAUCUUUUUAUUGCAAGACAUGUGUAGACAUGCAUAAUAAAUCCCCAAGUUUUGUAUAGGCUCUUUUGUUUCUUCGUUUUAUUAUUUUUUUGUUGUUCUGUUGUACGUUUUUUGUUUUAUUUAUUCGUUCAAUGAGUGUGGGUUUUGAGUGGCUUAAAUGCAGUGGUGCUGAUAAAGGAGAAAAAAAAACGUUUCUGUUUCCACUCGAUGAACGCUUUAUGUUCGGAUAACACUCACACGAUAAUACAAUUGAAUUUUUUUUGUGAAUAAGUCCAAUCGUAGGACGCGGGCUAUCCUAACAGAAAUUACUUUGAUCAAAUAUAACGAAGAAAAAAAUCAAUUGUUCAAAUAUGUGCACAGCUAGAUACGAUUUUGUUUAUACAACCAGCAAGUGAUUGUGCAAAUAUUUGAUAAGAAAACGUUUUUCAUUUUACUUCUUAUUGAUAGCAACCAACGGAUGACGCGCAAUCAUAUAUAAAAUAUUAUAAGUAAAAAAAAAAACGUAAUUUACAAUUGUAUUGAGUGUAGUAGCACAGAAAGUGAUAGAAAAUAUUACGGUGUGUGAUCCAAAUAAAAUAUAUAAAAUAUUCUCCUCGAUGCGCUUGUUUCGUGUCUGUAUAUAUAUCGAAGAGCGCUCUCUGAUAACAAAGAAAAUUAUUUAAAUCGUCAAACAGCAGCAGAUGGCUUGUUGGAAUGGUUGAAAAUUCAGUGGAUUUUUAUGUUCGGAUAAAUGGAAGUUGAAAUUUUAUUCGUUCCACUUAAAAAUUGAGUGUUCACCCGAGCAGUAUGAUAAGCGCACGUAAUUUUACUUAAAAUUGUUUUAAUUAAUUUAUUAUUUUGUGUGUAUCGUAUCGACAAAAUAAUUGUGUUAAUGAACGGGCUACUGUAAAAGGAGUGAUAGCUGAAAUGUGAAAUAUUGAAACAGAAAGCAUUUUGAUAACUGCUGAUAUAUUACAUUAUAUAUAUAUCCAUCCAUCCAACACUCCUCCCUAUAUACAUACAUCCAUAUAUCAUUAAUGGCUUGCACAACAAAGAAAUUGGUUCGUACGAUGCAGAUGUCAAAAAAAUUAUUUUUAGAACUUGAAUAAAUACGUGCGCACAACAUACUCGAGUAUUCGAAUACUGUGCAAGAAGAAAAGGAACGACCAUAUGAAUAGUUGAAUGUAAAUGUGUUUGUGAUAAAAAUAUUUCGAAAUGCUCCCCAAUGUUUACAUUUUUCCCCGACAAUUUUAACUAAAUUAUGUGCAUACAUCAUUAUAUCGUGCGUGUCAUCAUCUAAUAAAAAUAUUGAAAAUAAUUGUUCGAGUGUCUAAAACAUUUUCGAAAUAACAGAGAAAACUCAAAUUUCGACCAAAAAAACGAAGUAAGAGGAAAACGAAAAAUAUUCAACGAUGAGUAAUGUACCGGACAAAUUCUAUCAAGUGUGUCGGUUGUGCUUGGCGGUGGUCUGUGAUAGUGAUAUUCCCGAAUUGUCCAUGUAUGAUAUCAGCAAAACGCGAUCGAUCGCACAAUCGCUAAAUCAACAGAUCAACAAUACGGUUAUCAUCAGCAAUACACAGAAAGCGGAUGAAACGAAUCAUAAGAACAAUUCCCUGCAUCAAUUGGCUGCUGACAAUAAAGAAUCCAUCGAUUGCAAUGCAUCCGGAUUACACAACGAUGGAAACGGUGACGGUGUCGAAGACGACGAUGAGUCACGCAUUGAAUUGCACGAACGAAUUUACACAUUUCUAGCGAUUACGGUGUCACCAACUGAUGGUCUACCAGCCGUUGUGUGUAAAAAAUGUAGAGACCAAUUGGACACAUGCCAUCGUUUUCGGGAGGAUGCACAACGAACACAAAGAAAACUGCAGAAUUUUUUACAAUUUGCAAACAAACUCACGGGAAGUCCGCAGGAUGUGUUAGCUAAGACAUCGGCCAGUCUAAACGAAUUGCUGUCACCGUCGUGUCGAAAAGCAUCUGAGCAUACAGCCGCUGCCGCAUUGACCGAACUGCGAAAUACCAGCAGCAAUCACCAUCACCACCAUCAUCAUCAAAAACAGCAACAGCAAAAAAACCAAUCAUCAUUAGUUACCUCAAUACUCAGUAAAAAUCAUAUUAACCAUUUGGAAGCUAAUUCAGUGUCUGUGAUUCCAAUCGAAGCGAAAACAUCAACGAUUGCAAAUAAUAUCCAAACUCGAUCCAAUUCAAAUCAACAAAAACCGCCCAUCAUUCAAAUGAAAAGUCUGAGCCAGCUGCAGCAACAAUUGGAAACGGCUGCUGUAUUGAUGGACAUCAGCAAGAAAGUAAUAAUUUCACCACCAAGCUCUAAUCCUCAAUCGCCCAGCGUACUGGACCAAUCUCAACCGCAAAGUAUUACUUCAACUGUGAUAAAUCUAAAACGUUCUACAAGUCUCGAAGAAAUGGAUUUGUCGGUGAAAAGACAGAAAAUCAGUGUCGACGAACAGGCGUCACCGCAUCGGGAUGGUCGGAAGAACUAUCAUUCUGCCGAUUUAACGGUUAUUAAACGACGCGUUAAAGAGGAAAUUCCGGACGAACUUAGCCAGCAAAGUGAUAGCAACGAUAGUUCCGAUCCCGGCCGAUUACAGAUGGACAUAAAUUCACAAGAUUCUGACGAUUCGAAAUUCAAUCACAAGCAAAUCGUUGAUUCGGGACGAGAAACACCGGACAGUUUAAAGUCAGAAGACCAUGGAACGGAUCCAGCAACCACACAACUGUGGCAAGCGUUGGCCCGAACGACAGUGAAUGGCGGUGGAAAUGAAGCUACUCAACUGCUGCGACAAAUGAUCAAUUGCAGAUCACUAGGUCUACCGCUUCCAUCAUCCCUUAUAAUUACUGGAGGUCAUUCAAAUGAACCGAUGUCAUUGAUAAAGAAUGAGUUGAACUCACAAAAGGCAACUGGUAGACGGAAGCAAUCGUGUCCGAGUAAAGCACCUUUCGACAACGCCGACAAUGAACCAACAAUACCUUCCGAUAUAGUGACAACUGAAUACAAUAACGGAAAUCAUAACUCCUGGUCAAAUAAUGUCGAUGACGGAGGAAAGCAUGGAAAAAAUUCAAACACCCAACAGCAGAAGGAUAUGUCUUGCACCAAUUGCGGUACAUUGACCACAACAAUUUGGCGACGUAAUCUGCGCGGUGAAAUGGUGUGUAAUGCGUGCGGCCUUUAUUUCAAAUUGCAUGGAGUCAAUCGUCCGCAUUCGAUGAGACGAGACACUAUACAUACACGACGGCGACGGCCCAAAGGCGAUAAAUCUGGCAGACGAAGAUCCAAGGCCCACGACAGUUCAAUGGAACAGGAUGGAAUGGAUGCUAAAGAUCAUUCGGAUUUGCAAGCACUACAAAACCACAAUUUAUUAAUUGCCUUAGGUGGUGUAGCGCGUGGUGGCACACCACAUUUUCCAAUGUCGCAUUACUCACAUUUCUUGCGUGCCUCACAAAACUAUUCCGAUGGAUCGGCUGAAGAGGUGCAGUUACCUAGCGGUGAAGAAUUGGUUACUGGUGAUGACAGCGGACCCGAAAAUGAUGUUGAUGCAUCGAAUAUACCCUUAAAUUUAGUGGCUACGCAAUUUGCAGCUGAUUAAUUCUUCUGACUAAUUUUACGUUUUUUUUAAACCAGCAGUCAAGUCAAACAUAAAUAGCAACGAAUCCAGUUAUGUCGAUUUGAAUCGAUGAUAAUAUUGGACAGGUCGAGGUAAUAUGCGUUUAAUGAAAUAAUUUACGAAUGUAACCGGUCGCAUGAUCUAGAAAAAAUACUUAUGAAUCUCAACCACAAAACACUGAUGAAUACUCAAUUAAUUCGAAUAAUUAUUUUUUUUUGUGUAAUAAUUUCGUCAUACGUAAUGUGAAAUCGGUGUGAUUUUGAAAUGGAAUUUGUAGAGCUGAAAUUAUCAAUUUAGCAAACUUA